UCUGCCUCGGCCCGGGCCGGCGGCGCCUCCCGCAGGCGCUCAUCGCGGGCGUGAAGAAGGGCGGCGCGCGCGCUGCUCGGGUACCUGCGGCUGCGCCCCGACGUCCGCGCGCUCGGCGCCGAGCCCCACUUCUUCAGGUGCUACGAGCGCGGCCUCGCCUGGUACCGGUACCACUUUAUUUCCGACAUGGUGGCCGAGGCUCGACCCCCAGGACGUGGCCUCCCGCAGCGGACUUUUCGAAACUGAAAACUCCCGGAAAGCUCUGGUUCGGGUCUCAGGGCCUGAUGCCGCGCACCCUGGACGGGCAGAUCACUGUGGAGAAGACCCCGAGCUAUUUUGUGACCCGCGAGGCCCCCCGCCGCGUCCACGGCGUGUCCCCGGACAUGAAGCUCAUCGUGGUGGUGCGUGACCCCGUGACCCGGACCAUCUCCGACUACGCCCAGAUGCUCUCCAAGGCACCCGGGCUGCCCAGCUUCCGCGCCCUGGCCUUCCGCCGCAGCCUGGACCCGGUGGACGCUGCCUGGAGCGCCGUGCGCAUCGGCCUCUAUGCCCAGCACCUGGCCCGCUGGCUGCGCUACUUCCUGCUUUCCCGCUUCCUGUUCGUCAGCGGCGAGCGCCUGGUCAGCGACCCGGCCAGCGAGCUGGGCCGCAUGCAGGACUUCCUGGGGCUCCCGCGCGUGGUCACCGCCGAGCACUUCUACUUCAACACCACCAAGGGCUUCCCCUGCCUCAAGAAGGCCCGGGGCGGCGGCAGCCCCCUCUGCCCGGGCACCUCCAAGGGCCGCCCGCACCCCCGUGUGCCCCCGGCCGCAGUCCAGCGCCUGCGGGCCUUCUACCGGCCCUUCAACCGCAGGUUCUACCAGACGGCCGGCCGGGACUUCGGCUGGGACUGACGGGGCCCGGCCAGGGGACAGGCGCAGCCCCCGCCGCCACCAGCCGCCAGCCCGCUCUGGGCAGAGGACGUGUGUGAGAAGUAAAGGCUGGGUCGGUUUCCUUCCACGUGGCCUCGAGGGUUGGCUGGUCUGCGGGCGAGGGGAGCGUGUGCCAGCUGACUCCAGGCCGGGCGCCUGCAGGCUCUGCUCCUCCCGCCUCCGCCCAGGGGGCUGUGGGUUGGUCCCACACCAGAUGAGGAGGUGAGGUACCGAGAGGUUGGGUGCUGCCCAGGGACUUGCGACUCAGCCCUGGGGACUCGGGGGGCUGCCCGCUGGCCUCAGCCCAGCCCUGGCAGCACAGCGGGCUUGUCCCCCUCUCCUGAUCAAGGAGACUGGGGCCCAGGGGGCUCAGCUACAUGGUGGGGUCCUGGCUGGCCGGCUCGGUGGGCAGUGGCUUCAUCCAAGCCCACUGGCCACUCCCUCCCAAAGCCUCGUGGAAUUGCCCUGUGGUGGGGGCCAGGGGACUGGGGGGGACAGUUCCUGGCAGAGCCCUGCUCCCCAUUGCUCACGGUUCCCCCUCAUCCCCCCAGGAGUGCCCCAGUUCUGCUGCCUUUACAGCCGCUCCCUCCCCCAGGGAACCAGGGCCCACCUGCAGUCCAGAUGCCUGCUCUGCAGCAAGCCGAGUCAAGCCAGGGCGUGCGAGCAGGCUGGGGUGCCCGGUCCGUCCCCAACCCCCAGGGCACGGGGCCCUCCAGGAGGGAUUUCCACCUGCUCCUGGUGCAGUGCUGUGGCCAGCUGCAGUGACCCACGGGGCUGCCCGGGCUGGCCUCAGGCCCUGGACUGUGGCUUUGGCGCCUCAGCUGCUGCUUGGAGUUCACAGCCAGGACUUGGCCCUGAGACGGCCCUUGCACCCCUGAGUGCAGGGAGAGGUAACUGUCAGUCCCCUAAGGACCGUAGAGGUCAGCCAUGGCCCCCGUCUUUGUCACAUGACCCCGUUGGUGGUAUGGACCCCGGGUCAGCUGAUGGUGCACCAAGAAAGGGGCGUGCAUCUCUCCAGCAGCCCUGGUACCCUUGCUCCGGCUGGUUUUCGGGGCCCAGCGGGUACCCUGCAGGGAGCUGUGUCCGGGCCCUGCCAUCCCAUGGUGGGCGGAUGUGGGUGAGAUGGACCUACGGUGCCUCCCAGCUAGGACCUUGGACAUGGAUGGAAGAGAAAGGGCCGGCCCGUGGGUAGUUUCCGGGCCUGUGCCUCCUUUAGGAACGUGGCACAGCUCCUUGGCCCUGGGUCCUGGGGUGGGCGGGAGGCAGGACAGCCUCUGUGCUGGCUCCCAGCCCGGUGCAGACGUGUUUCUCCUUCUCUCCUCCCUGUUCCCCACCCUUGUCCACCACCUCAGCCGGGUGGCAGGGGCCCUCCUCACCCUCACCCAGAGCCUCUCUCAUUCCCCAGCUGGUUCUCCACGGUGGCCAGAGGGGUGUCUCCAGAGCAAACCAGAGCCCGUUCUUUUAAAAUGCUUCAGCCCGGCCUGCUGCUCUUUCAGGGUGGGGAGCAGAUGCCUGACCACAGCUUUAAGGCCCUCUGAGUCACCCCCACCCGGCGUGACCCCCUUGUCCCCCGAUCCUGCCCCGCUGGCCCCGCUCAGCUUCCACCUGCCAGGCACUUUCUGACUCGCUACUUUCGCACACACUGUUCCCUCUGCCUGUAACGCCUUUUGGGAUGGAAGGUGCAGACCGCUGAGGUGGCCUUUGAAGGGGCAGCUGUGCUGUCACUCCGGGCUGUCCUGAUGUUCUCCCUGUAAUGCGAGUGAGCCGCCAGCGGGGCCUGCUUUCCGUUCCCUGACGUCUUCCUGGAUGUGGCUUUGAAGCCCAAGGCUGGGGUGCGGAAGGCUGACUCCGGGAGCAGCGCAGAGAGGGGUGGGGGCCACGUGUCCCACUCCCCUCACCCCGUGGAAACACGGCCUAACCACCACGGCCCCUGCGAGGUGCCCGGCUGCACCCCGGAACACCCCGAGUGCAGAUGCGGGGUCUGAGGGGCUGCAAGGGGGGCGGGGCUUCUUGGGAGG